AUGUCCAAUGAACUUGAGAAAUCUAACAAAAAAAAGAGUAAAGAAUCGAAAUCCAAUAAAUUAAAAAGUAUUCCAGAUCAGAGAACGGAGAGGUUCGAAGACGACAAGAAGGGAGAGUCUGAAACCAGCAAAUCAAAGGACGCUCGGGAAGGCGAAAAACCGGGAAACCAUGGCAAGGAUAAAAAGUUAAAAACAAAAAAAGCGAAGAGCGAUUCAAGCAAGAAGCGCAAAUUGGGAGAGAGUGAAGGGCCCUCGAAGAUCGAGGGUGAGGAGAAAAACGAAACCGAGCCACCCAUCAAGAUUACCAAAAAGUCAAAAAAAAAAAAAUCCGUAAAAGACAAAGACGGACAGAUUGGACCCGAGGUGACUCAAACCAAGGUGAAAGCGGAAUAUCCACCGGAGGUUGAGUUGUCCUUCGACAAAACGCCGCAAGAUACGAAAUCAUACGUAAGAUCUACUGUGAGCAGUAAAACACCACCAGUAGCCGCAGAAGAAAAUAGACAAACACCCUUUCGGAAGGUGAAUGCGGAAAUGUUAAUCGAUCUGCCGCCAAAGGCCUUUGAAGAUUUUGAUAAAGGGGUUUAUACAUAUAUGAAUGCAUUGGUGAUGCAAUAUGUCGACGAACUGGAUGGUAUCGUGCUUGCCUAUGAAAAUGUCCAACUAUGCGAUAAGUCUGGUUACAUAUAUGAAGAUUCACCAUACAGUCAUUUCUUUGUGAGGGCUGAUUUCAUACUUUGGGACGCAUCGAAAGGGUGCAGAAUGGUUGGAAAAGUCAUCAGACAAUCGCCCUUGCACAUUGCUCUCUUACUUUACGAGUCAUUUAACGUAAAAAUCAACCGUCAGAGUAUACCAAAUGACAUUUUUGAAUGGCGAGAUGAUGAUCACUUUUACAAUGCAAUAUUUUCUGACGAGCAACUGGAACUUGAUAAACUCUAUCAGGAUGGACAAUGGUACGACAAACGAUCCGGUGAAGGAAUCACCGAUUGUUGGAUGGAAUUUGAGGCAGUGGGAUCGGAAAUUGAUGAAGGCAUCAUAUUUGUUUUGGGAUCCUUGCAGUACUAUAGUGAAAGUCCGGUCCAAGAUGAAUUGGACGCUCUCAAUCAGAUUCAAUUUGAUAAGAGCGUACUUGAUCUUACCAUAGAGAUAGAAGAGGAAGCAAACGAGUCGAGUCCCUCAAGUGACGAAGACGCGAACUCGUCGAACUCAUCUUCGAGCGGUGACUCGUCGCAUCCGUAUGAUGGUUAA